AUGUUUGCAUCACCCGUUUCAAUAAAACAAAUUUUAUUAGUUAGUUACAAUUUUCUUUUUACAGGUAAUGGUAAAUAUACUUGCUCCUACUGUAUUUUCAAAACAACUACAAGAGCUGAUUGGAUGAAUCAUAUGCAAAAAAACCAUCCUAAAGAAUUUCAAAAGGUGGUGAACGAUCAAAAAAACUCUCGAGCAACUUUAAAUACAGGAGUUAAUAAUGUAUCGGAUGAGGAUGAUGAUGAUGAUGAAAAUGAUACUCGUAGUCAAAUGAUGUUAAAUGAUACAACAACUGGUUCAUAUGAAACUGCUCACUUUCUUCAAUCAUCAAUUAAAUCACAUGGUACAGCAAGUAGUACAUUUGGAAAUGCUCAUCUUCUUCAAUCAUCAAUUAAACCACAUAGUACACAUAAUAAUACAUUUGAACCUGCUCAUUUUCCUCAUUCAUUAAUUCAACCAAGUAGCACAACAAGUAGUGCAUUUGAACCUGCUCAUUUUCCUCAAUCAUCAAUUCAACGACGUAAUACAACAACUAGUACAUUUCAAGGUCCUCAGAAUGCAAGUGUUCAAGUUCGAACUGAAAUUACAAAACUGUAUUUACAAUUGGAUAAAGGUGAUAUAUCAUUGGAAGAUUAUUUGAUCAAAAUACAAGGACUUGCUGAAGCUGGAUUAAAGGCAAUAAAUAACAAUUAA